AUGUCUGUCAAUGACCGCGCAUAUAUGAGCGCUCCACGACCCCGCGCUGUCUCCAGUCGCGUUGAUGCCGAAAUCCGCGGAGGGUCGCCAGUCCAAAUCGAAAACAAAACCCAUUUGCGCAAUAGUUCUUCGAGUCAAAACCAUAGAGCAUCCCGGGAUCAGAAGAGCAUGUCGGAGAAGCGCUCAGAGCGAGCCGUCAUCACAACACGGGAGAAAUCAGUGCGAAGGAACCCGAUCAAGGAACCUAUCAGCGCGCCUAACAGAAGCGAUUGGGAUAAGACUCGACCCAGGAAACCUGUCCAGGCUGACGGCGCGAAUAUCAACGCGCGAAAUGAGGAGAAGGACCCAGCUAAUUUGCCGUGGAACCCUCAAGCUUCGUUGAUACCUCACUCGACAGCUCCUCUUGCAUGCCGAAUAUCAGCCCCUCCUUUAGCCUCGACAGCUCCACAGACCCUUCAUCCGCAACCACUCCGAGAGCUGCCAUCCGACGCACAAGAAGCGGCGAUCCUGGAGGAUUUGCUGUUUGUGUUUAUGGGAUUUGAAGGUCAAUAUGUUCACUAUGCCCAUUCUUACGAUCCAUCGGUUGAGAAAGACCGCCUCACCGGCCCGGUGUUCCAAAUCACCCCAGGCCUGGACCCAACCUUGCGAGAUCUCACCCAAUCCAUGUUGAAGAUGGCGACGCACUAUAGUGCCAUGGAGGCAUUUGUGGAGAUUCAGAGUCGUGCUGAGUGUGGUGCUGUUAGUCACUCGCUGUGCGCAUCGAUUCGAAAGCUUCUCAAAGACUACCUUAUCCUUAUUGCUCAGCUGGAAGGUCAGCUGUUGAACAAUCCUACAUUCACUCUCCACUUACUUCACCUCCACACAAUGCCAACUAGCCAAUGUCUGGCUCAACUAUAUUCAAUGGGCCAGGAACUGUUGCUUAAAAACGGUCUCUUGGACGAAGAUCUCGAAGAGUCUAUCGAUGACUUUGAUGAGGAUGUCGACAAUAUUCUGGAACAGCUCAAAGAGGGGGGAGAUCUGGUGCCAGGGUCUAUGACUCGAAAGAAGAUGUGCAAAGGAGGAAAUAUUCUGGGCCUGCUGACGGGGCGCCUGGCCUCAUUCUCGGGAGAUCCAACCACAAAGACCCUGCUUCAGACCUUACUACGUGAUGCCAGUCGACCAUACAUGACUAUGCUGAACGAGUGGUUACACCACGGGGGUAUCAGGGAUCCCCACGCCGAGUUUUUGGUCAAAGAACAGAAAUGGAUUAAACGCGAGAAACUCGAAGAAGACUACACAGAUGAGUAUUGGGAAAAGCGUUAUACUAUUCGCGAGAAUGAAGUUCCACCCCAAUUGAAAAGUGUCCAGGACAAAGUCCUUCUGGCAGGAAAGUACCUCAAUGUGGUACGUGAAUGCGGUGGUGUCGACGUGAGCAAAGAAGUCAAAGAUGUCCCGCAAACGCUCGACGAUCCUCGAUUUUUGGACAAUGUCAACUCUGCCUACACAUACGCCAAUGCUUCCUUGUUGAAUCUUCUUGUUACCAAAAACUCCCUUACCACACGAUUCCGGUCUUUGAAACAUUACUUCUUCCUGGAUCGUUCCGAUUUCUUCUCCUACUUCCUCGAACUAGGCGCCUCAGAACUGCGAAAGCCGGCACGUGCUGUCAACGAGGGCAAGCUUCAAUCACUAUUGGAUAUUGUGCUUCGGCAGCCGGGUAGUGUUGCAGCACUGGACCCGUUCAAGGAGGACGUGAAAGUGCGCAUGAACAAGAUUGGCCUCACAAAGUGGUUGAUGCAAGUCGUGAAUGUUUCGGGUGUCAAUCAGGAUGGCUCAGAAGCUGAGAAGCAGCAAAUGUCCGCCCACGCAGAUGAGGAUAAAGAUAUCCUCGGAUUUGAUGCACUUGAACUAGAUUAUUCAGUUCCGUUUCCUUUAUCCCUUGUUAUCAGCCGAAAAACCGUUCUACGAUACCAACUCAUCUUCCGUCAUCUUCUAUCUCUACGACACCUUGAGACGUUGCUGGUCACGUCUUGGGCAGAUCAGAACAAAACUCCUAGCUGGCGUCAUAAAUCAUCUGAUCGACGGCUAGAAAUAUGGAAACGGCGGGCGUGGAACCUUCGCGCGAAGAUGCUGGUCUUUGUUCAGCAACUUUUGUACUUUUGUACGGCGGAAGUGAUUGAGCCCAAUUGGGUGGGUCUGAUGGACCGUGUCAACAGCGUCAACGCGGAUGCGUCGCAGGUGCAGGAAAAUGAUAUGAAGCAAGUCAACCGAACAGUUGAUGAGCUGAUGCAGGAUCAUGUGGACUUCUUGGAUACAUGCUUAAAGGAAUGUAUGCUUACUCAAGCAAAAUUGUUAAAGAUCCAUUCUAAGUUGGUGACUUGUUGUACAAUGUUUGCCUCUUGGACUGCAGCAUCACUUUCCCGGGCCUUGGCAUCGGCCGAUCCCGACUUGGCUGGAGGUAAAGUUCCUGGUACCGAUGCCAGAGGUUAUGAUCCAACUCGUAUCGGGAAACUCGAAGAUACUCUCAAACGAUACGAGGACCAUUUCUCACGCCAUCUUCGUAUCUUGAUGGACAGCUUGAACUACUUUGCCGCAACUGAGAGCGUGGUGCUCCUGAAGCUUGCGCACUCUUUGACCGCUAUCAGCAGAGAGGAAAGCAAGGAAGACUGA